AUGUCUUCUGCUCAUGAUGCCACCACCAAGAUCUCCAUUGACAAGUUCGACGGCGACAACUACGCGACAUGGAGCCGGUACAUGCGUGGCGUGUUCCUGACCAAGUCGACGUGGCACGUGGUCAACCGGGAGACGUCGCCGACCUACGCGGACGAUCGCGCCAUGGAGGACUACGUCAAGUCCAGCAACGUCGCUUUCGGCCUUAUGCUUUUGCAUAUGGACGCGGACUACCAUCACAUCGUCGAUGACUGUGAAGAGGCGUGGGUCGCGUGGGCGCGUUUGGAGACGCUGUACGGCGGAUCGCAGAAGGCUGGACGCAUCUACUUGAAGCGCCAGCUGUUCAGCAUGGAGAUGGCGGAAGGCGGCAAUGUGAUGCAUCAUUGCAACGAAGUCCUCAACCUCAGCGCGAAGCUCAGCAGCACCGGCGCCAAGAUGGAGGACGAGGACAUGAGCAGCACGGAACUGCGAUCGCGAGACGUCGUGAGAGUGCUCACGAAUGAGCACAUCAAGAGGCAAGGUGACAAGACGACAUCGGUGAAGACUGAAGACGCGGCGAAGGCGUUCAGUGCCGAGCGUGAACCUCGCCAGUGUACAUGCUGCGGAAAAUUGGGGCACACGGCGGAGCGGUGCUGGACCAAGCAGAAGGACGAAAAUCAAGGUGGAGCUCGACGCGGCGGCAACAAUGCUCGUGGACGCGGAGCCAACAACGUUCAGUGGCGAAUCAACAGCAACUACGACGACAACUACGAUCGAGUUGCGUUCGCGGUUUCGCUGGAGGCUGGACUUUCGACGGGCAAGAAUAUGCCAGGGAUGUGGGCAGUCGACAGCGGUGCGACGCAUAACAUCUGCAGCGACAAGGCCAAGUUUGCAAGCCUGAAUGAGCGAGAGGAAGGCGAACUAUCAGUGGCUGAUGGCAGCAAGGCUGCGAUCAAGGGUGUGGGAACCAUCAUGGAACGGGUGGUUCUGUCCAAUGGUGACGAACGCGACAUUGAGAUCAAGGACGCAUUGUUCGUACCAAGUAUGAGCAAGAAUCUGCUUUCGGUGCCACAGAUCAACAAGGGUGGCAGGUUCCAAGUCGUGUUCGAUGGAUCCAAGAUGCAAGUGAAGCGCAAGAAUUCCACACAAGUUGUGGCAACAGCGGAUCUCGUCGAUGGACUUUACUGGCUGCGGACUCCUCAACGAUCGGCAAAUGCAGCAACACGCAAUGGGACUAUCGACUUGCAUGCGCGCAUGGGUCAUGCACCCCUCAAAGUUCUGCGCAAGAUGGCGGCCAUUGGCCCGCAGAUGUCGAAAUGCAGCAACUCGAACACACCAUAUUGGCGUUUGUCACGGUUGCCAGCAAGGAAAGAUGGUCCAAAAACCAUUCCCAACCAACCGUGA